UGAACACGAUAGUGGAAGGUUAUUUAUUAAACAAAAAAAAGAGCAAUUUUAUUUUUAAAGAGACAAAUUCAUUGAUAAUCGGGUGAUCAAUGUGUUUCUUUUACGGACUACGGUAAAAUUUCUGUGCCUGUGCGCGCCAGUGGUAGUUUAAUAUCGAACCAACCAAAGCAACAAAAAAAAAGAAUAAUGGCCUGCCUAAAUACAUUGAAGCAGGAAAUAAAAACAAUUCAAAGUGUAUUCCCGAGAAAACCAAAUGGCAGUAGUGUUAUGUUUCAGGUGCUCAGUGCUAGUUUGGAUGAGAUAACUUGCAGAUUUAUCGGACUAAACGGCAAAAAACAUGAUAUCCAUGCAAAUAUUACGGAAACGUACCCCUCAACUCCACCAGUCUGGUUCGCAGAAACGGAAGAAACCAGUGUAACAAAUGCUGUGCAGAUAUUAAGUAAUACGCAUGGUCUUGAUAAUCAUGUUAUCAAUCAGGUUGACAUAUUAUUAAGAGAGUUAUGUAGGUUACAUGGCCUUCAAUUGCCUCCGGAAUUAGAAAAACUCAAACAUGCAUUCCCAUACCCUUUGCAAAAUGGCUUUCAUAAUGGCUCGUCACAAGGUAACCAACGUCAAGAACAAAUGGAUGACAUGGACUCGGAUGACCCUGAGGAGAUUGAAGUAGAGAGUGAUCAAGAUAGUGAGGCUGAAGAAGACUUACAGUUGGAGGUGGAUGAUGCUCACAACACAAGCAAGGAUGAUAUGGAAGUAGAACAUCUAGCUACACUUGAACGUUUACGUCAAACACAACGUCAAGAUUAUCUAAAGGGAUCUGUUUACGGCUCUGUACAAGCAACUGAUCGUCUUAUGAAGGAGCUACGUGACAUAUAUCGCUCAGAUUCUUUCAAAAAUAAUAUGUAUUCAAUAGAAUUAGUUAAUGAUUCAAUUUAUGAGUGGAAUGUCAAAUUAAUGUCUGUCGAUCCGGACAGUCCAUUACACAAUGAUCUGAUGAUGUUAAAGGAGAAGGAAGGGAAAGACAGUAUCUCAUUGAAUAUCAUGUUUAAGGAAACUUACCCUUUUGAACCACCUUUCGUUCGUGUCGUCCAUCCAAUUAUUACAGGAGGCUAUGUUUUAGUAGGGGGUGCAAUUUGCAUGGAAUUACUAACAAAACAAGGAUGGAGUUCUGCAUAUACAGUAGAAGCUGUAAUAAUGCAAAUUGCAGCUACACUAGUCAAAGGAAAAGCGCGAAUACAAUUUGGUGCAACUAAGACACAAUACAGUUUGGCAAGAGCACAGCAGAGCUUCAAAACACUUGUACAAAUCCAUGAAAAGAACGGUUGGUUUACACCUCCAAAAGAAGAUGGCUAAAUAAUUCGUCUUUGUAAGUCAAGUUGAAUCCCCGUUAAGCAACAAAAAAAUGUGUAUAUUAUUAAUUAAAAGAUAAAAUAAGGCAGACAUUGUUUUUAAAAAUAUUAAUUAGAUAAAAAUAAAUAACAA